CGUACCGAUAUUAUUUCAUGAAAAAAAUGAAGUAACUGUCAGUUCUUCACAAACAUAAAGACCUUCUAGUUAAGGCUAUUAGAGUUAUUUUUCAUAUUGUGUUUUCACUUUUUAUUUGAAAAACAGAUACCAUAGAAGGUAAUUGAGGUCACUUGGAUACGGGAAGGAAGUUUUCAAGGUGGAAAAUGUCACAACAUGCCAAGAAGUUGUUCAAUUAUGUGUUUAGCAAAGAGUUUGGGAGCUAUUUAUGCAGCAUUUUUGGGGACCAAUUGCAAAUUGGGGACUCCCCUUGGCUGCCAUAGCUGACAUGAAGAAAGACCCGGAGAAAAUUAGUGGGAAAAUGACAACUGCAUUGUUUUUCUAUUCAUGUCUGUUUAUGAGAUUUGCCAUCAAAGUACAGCCAAGAAAUCUACUGCUGUUUUCCUGCCAUUUUACAAAUGCCUCAGCUCAGACAAUACAGGGUAGCAGAUUUAUAAAUUUCUAUUAUAUAAUGUCAGAAGAGCAGAGACAGAAGUAUGAAGAGGAUUACCUAGCACACCACGCCAAGGAGGCGCAGGAACACGCUCUACUUGAAGAGUUGAAACACGAACAGGAAGCUCACGAACAUGCAGCAGAAUAUGAAAACACAGACACUUCAACCCCUAAAGAUGUACAGGCAAAGAUAGAUGAAAUUCUUGCAAAGAAGAAACCUUAAUGAUUAUAUAGUAAUAGUAAAAGUUUAGAAAAAAAAUCAGAAUCUGCUUGUAACUUCUAACUGCUCAGUUCAUUCAAGGUAAACCUACGUAAUAGCUAGCUAUACACAUACAAGCUACUUGUCAUGGACUUAGAAUACCUGCAUCUUUAUUUUAAGUCAGAUAUUUGGAUAUAUUAAAUUAAGAGUUUUUUUCUUUUGUAUACUUUUGCACAAACUUUGACAAAAUUAGAACCUUAUAAAUAUGAAAGCUUAAGUGGAAUAAGUGCAAUAUAAAAAGCAUACAGCAAACUGAAGUAUUUGUGUUUGAUCAUGAUUUAGUAUCUGUGAUGUGUGUAAGGGUGACUGAUCAGUUAGAAGUGGGGCAGGAUACCGGUAAUCAUUGUCUGUGAGAUUGGACUUUAUGUAUUAUUUUUAGAUUGCUCAUUUUGAACUUAGAGGGAGAUUGUGUAAAACAGUCAACUGCUGUUGUCACGAAUUAGUUUAAAUAUUUAUCAAAAUUGCAGAAAUUUUACCCCCUGUAUAGACAUAUCUCAUUUAUCUGAUACCCUUUCGUGCCAUUUCUCCACCUUCCUGAUAUAUAUUUCAAGUUUGUCAAACAGAAAUUGCACUGAUUCCUAAUUUCUAUGUAUAUUUUAGGUUUCUCGAUUUCCUUGUUUUGAGUAAAAGAUUAGUUACCUUUGUUUAUAGAGAAAUUGCUGUGUUGUUAUAAGGAUUUUUUAUUGUUUAUUAUAUCUUAAUGUAUUUUAAAUGAUAUUGUUACUUUUUCAUUUAUUCAGCAGUCCUGAAUUCUGUCAGAGAUUAAAGUGCCGGCUACUCGACCCAACGGUCAGUUGGCUCAUUGCCGCACCUUCUCGUACGAACCUGUGCUGUUUUUCCAGGGAACUGGACUUGGGAGGGAUUCAAAUUAGCUUAAUUGCAAUCAAGCUAAAAUAGUUCAACUCUAUUAAGGAGUUUUGAUAAUCUUAAGUCCUAAGACUCUAAUCUGAAGAUGAUCAGCUAUGUUGCUUACUGGCUGGCUAUUUUUAUUUAAUAUACAGAAUUAUAUAUGGAAUAUUAUAUAUAAGAUGAUCUCUGCAUUUUUACUUACAACAUGUGUUGUAGUCUUCCUUCAUCACAAAAGUCUGGAAAUGUUUUUUUAUCAUUACCGGUAUAAGUCUUUACCUCAAAAGACUGGCAUUAAGUAUUUUGUUUUUGCUUAGAAAUACUUACUUAGUUAAUGUCUAUGAUUGACAUAUCAGUAAGAAUGGUUUUCAUGGUAGAAAGUUUCUAUGAUUAUAUUCUGUGAAUUGUUGGUGAUGGUGUUGGAAAAUGAAGGGUAAUUGCUUAAUUUAAUCUCAUUGUAAGAUAAUAAGGGAAUGACUUGAUGUCAGAUUGUGGGAUUUGCAUUUGUUUAACAUAAAGUCUGAAAGUUAAGUUGUUUAGGCAUUGUUACAAACCUGCCACAAAUCGAAACAUGUAAAAUAUUAUACAAAAUAACCCACUUGAAGUCAAAAGAAAUGAUAAUCAGCAAAAUGGAAAGUGUCUGUUUUCUAGUGAUAUCACUGUGUAAUCAGUACAUCAAAUGCCUAAAUACUUUUUAGGUGAUGUGCAAACAUCUGCAUUGAUAAACAUGAGUUUGUUUGUUUGUCAAAAGAUUUAGGGAGAUUUAGCCUUUAGUUCUAACGAGAAUUUCAGAUCUGUUCUAUUUCACAGAUUUUUUUUUUUUUGUAGUUGAUUAUUUAUUUUCAUUAAAAGCACAUUUUGGAAUACUGAUUACAAAGCAGGUUUUAUAUCUUGUUAUGUAUAAUCAAUGAUACCUUCCAUUUAUAGUUUAAUCUUUUCCUAAUGUCAUAGAAUUCUUGUCUGUACAGGUAAUUGUGUCAUACAGUACAUGUUCAUAUUACUGUGUAUGCAUUGUUAAUUGUUGUAUACAUGUAUAUUUAGUUGUUAUAUGCAUUGUAUAUACAGGGUUCUUUGCGCAGCAAACAUAUUUCAGGUCAUGUGGUAAAUUUCCACCUUGUAGUGGUGGAGGAAAUUCCGCAGGCGCCCCUGCGGGAAAGUAUUUCAGUCAAAGGUGCCCCUGUGGGACAUAAUUUUAGUCACAGAUGCCCCAGUGGGACAUUAUUUCAGCCACAGGAGAGCACUGAAUAUAUAGAGUACAUACAUGAUAUGUAAUGUCCACCUGGUGUUAAGCGUAUGCAAUAUACAGCAAGUUAUAAUUAUUGUAUGUUUACAUGUAAGGCAAUUUAAUUCAUUAUGAAUGCAGAGUUAAUUUACUGAAGUAGGAAAAAAUAGAACGUAUAAACAGAAGUAUAUAUUAACAUUUAGUCAGUACGAUUGUAGUGCAAACUUGAUAACCAGAUAUGUGUGUACACAUAUACAGUUACUCGAGUGUAUUUUUAAUAUAAAUGGAAGCAGUUUUCAAUAACUGUAGACAUACUAUAGCAGUAGAUUGAUCUGCGAUGUAUUCAACUUGAGUUGAAUUUGCCAGACCUGCAUCAUCUGAGAUGAGCAAGUGUCAAGUGUGAUCCAGUCAGGUAAAAUCUACGAGAACAGAAUCAACAUUCCACAUCAAACUACUGUUGUAAUGACCCUUUUGUUAUAUACAUGUACCUCCAUGUCUUUGAAGGCAUUUUACAAAAAUACAAACUAUACCGUAAUGUUACGGGUAGUAUUUUAAAUUGGAUCUCUUUCAUUUAGACUAAGUAUGCCUUUGGAACGUCAUUUUUGUUUUUGCAUACUAGAUUCCUGCACUUUGUUUACUUACAAGAUUUAUUGAUCAGAAAGCAUAAUAAAAUGUUUAAAAUGAAUAAGAAAGUAAUGUAAUUAUCUGUAGCUGGAGAAUCUAUAUAUCUCACUUCAUUUCUUUUUAAAGUUUUCUGUUUGAGUCACGGAUAUUAAUGAAAGAAGUCCAGACACAUGCAUAAUAUUGGAUUGGAUUUCAACAUACAGUGUAGUACAAUACAGAAUUUGUUUUCUGCAUGUUCAUAUUUACUUGUGAAAUACAAGUCACAUCAUUUACUGCAAUUAUAUAAGUAUAUAAUAAAUGUGGUGACCUAGUACAUGUACACUUGUUUUAUCAUUUAAGAGGAGAUCAAUUUCAGUCCAGUAGCUCAUUUAUAAAUGAGAGAAGAACUUUUAGUCAUUAUGUAGGUGCCGUAAUCUUUAUGUAAUGUGCACUUCUCUUGUAUGUUAAGAUUAAAAUUAAUUAGUUUAGAUUAUGUUUGUAUGUACAGAUUACUGAAACCUUUUGCAUAUAAGUCAUGUGUGUAGAAGUAGUGUGUUGCAAACUUGAAGUUACUAGCUUUUUCAUGCCUCCACAAAAUGAGUUUCCGGAAGCUAUAUUGGAAUCUGUCUGUUUUCAGAAGAUUAAACAACUUCGACUAUACUAAAGAGAAUUAAAUGUAAUUUGAUACAAGAAUUUAUUGCGAUAAGAGGAAGUGUAGAGCACAAGAACCUCAAUUAUGUCUUGAAUAAUUUUAAAAUAUAACAUUAUGGGUGACACUUUGGAUUGGAACUCUCAUUUAAUAUGCCUUUCUCUCCCCUAAUUGUGUUUUUUAUAGACAGGUUUGAUGGUAGUUGAAAAAGCAGUAUACUAUAAGAUUCUUUCACUGGUUGUAGGUGCAGAUGGGAAUUUCCGGCCUCGAGGGUAACUGUUUAUGCGGUAACGAGGUUCCUACCGAGUUACCGCCUAAACAGUUACCCGAGAGCCGGAUAUUCCUAUAUGCACCUAUAACCAGUGACAGAAUCUUUUUCUUGCAUACCGAUAUCAAGAAAUAAUGAUAAAAAUAAAGUCAAUCAAACCGCUUUCAUUUUAGAACUAUUUCUUAUAGCAGCGUAUUUAAACAAAGCGCGGGAAACCGACGUCCGUAAACAGGAAAGACGUCAUGACGUUUCAAAGACAAAUAUAUGCACCUAUAACCAGUGACAGAAUCUUUUUCUUGCAUACCAAUAUCAAGAAAUAAUGAUAAAAAUAAAGUCAAUGGAACGGCUUUCAUUUUAGAACUAUUUCUUAUAGCAGCGUAUUUAAACAAAGCGCGGGAAACCAACGUCCGUAAACAGGAAAGACGUCAUGACGUUUCAAAGACAAAUAACAAUGUUUAGUUCUGGUAUUGUUUUAUCAGUUGCAGCGUAACGUUAUGAUUUUUUGAUAAAGUAACGUGUUUGAAUCGAGAAAUCUACCAUCAGGAACAAAGAGGAACUGUCAAGGUAUUGGAUUUUUAUUACGUUUUUUGAAAUAAAAUAUAAAUUACUACAUCAAUCUUCCAAAUAUGUGUAGUUCGUAAUACGUCUUUUAAAGCGAGGGAGUCAUCUUACACCCCGGGGUGUAAGAUGGAUUUUUCCAGCACAGGUAAAAAUACCGGAAAUCCCCGUCUGGUAUGCAAGAAGUAACUUUUUUCUUUUAUACAAACUUGCCUUUGAGUGGAGGUGUGAAUCUCCUAGUUAUUAUCAUAUAUAGCAAUUUUUAUUAGUCCCAGAUUAAUUUAACUGUUGUUCAUUACCUUUUGACUGUAUACUAUUUAAGGGUGUACAGUUUAUCAUUAGGUUAUAGUUCAAGAUUAUGAACUAACGAAAGUUUUCAUGAAAUAUUUACAAGGUGCACCAUAGUGUGUCAUAACAAAUAUAUAAAUUCAUUUUGUCAUUGAAAUGAUAGGAUGCUUUGAAUGAAUGAAUGAGUUGGGUUUUACGGCGAAUCGACACAAAAAGGUCAUAUAUCGCCGAUGGAUGCUUUGAAGUAGUAGUGUUUGCCCCUCCAAGUACUUCGUUAGGUAGAGGAACUAAUUCAAGGUUUGCGAGUGUGAAUCCAAGCAAGCCAGAAAGGCAGUAUUCUUUGUGAGCACAAAAAAAUCCCUCGCUUACUAGUUAUAAGUUUAAUGCCAGACAAGGCUCUUUGUGACCGUUCAAUUGAAAAUAGCCGAAUUUGCUCUCCACUUUUGGUUCUUGUGGAGAAAUUGUCAGGACUUGGGAAGAAAAUGAAUUUUUAAAAUAGAUCAAAAACAACAUCUGUUUCAUAUCUGAAAUACUGUCUAAAAAACCCGAUGUUAAACAAGUAGCUUACUAACAAAUUGAUAUGGUUACAUGGUGUUAUAUUUUUUCCUCAACUAAUACUAAAUUUUGCACAAAAGUUCAAAGUUAUACAAUACAAAGAAAAAUCUGAAAUUAAUGCAAUCUUGAUGAAUUUGGUAUAAAUUGCUUGAUAGAAUUAUCAGUCUUUUUGUGUGUCUGAUCUGUGAUGUACUGCUUGAAUUCUAUUUAUAAUACAAGGUAGAUUUACAGUAGAUCCGACCUGCUGUAGUUCUGUAUAGCUGAACUUAUAGAAAACUGCUUGUAUACAAGAAAGAUAUCCAGUUUUACUGCUUUAAGUACAUAAUUUAUAAUUUAGAGCACACAUGCUUCCAGUGUGUCAUUGAAGUUUUGUGAUUUUUACAGUGUUUAAGUGCUUUGAACUGUAAAUAUGAUAAGUUAACAUCAUGUUAUAAGUUUACCAAAUAAACAAGAUAAAACAUU